GAGCAAAGGUGGGGGCUUUCACUUCCCACCAUGUCACAUGCUGAAUUUUUGUGGCAUUAGAAUCUUAUUAGAUUGCCCACUAGACCUUUCUUCUCUCAUGGUGUUUUCUCCUGUACCUACUGCUUUUGAUUUCUUGCCAUCCGAAGAAAGCAGCAACACUGUGGCCAAUGGUUUUCUUGAUUCAAGAGUUGGGUCUGGGAAAAGACAUAAAAUUGAAAAGCUCCUUGAUGCUAAAAGCUUACUUUUUGCUGAACCUUGGUACAAGACUGUUAAUAACUUGCACUUGUGGAAUUCUUCUUUCAUUGAUGUCGUAUUAAUCUCCAGUCCAAUGGGUAUUCUGGGAUUGCCUUUUCUUACUCGAAUGAAGGGUUUCUCAGCUAAGCUUAAUGUUUUGUUCAAUUGUUUGAUAUAUAUAACGGAAGCAUCAGCAAGAUUAGGCCAGCUAAUGAUGGAGGAUCUUGUAUCAAUGCAUGUGGAAUUCAGUCAGUUUUAUGGACCAGAGGAAUCAAAUUUCCCUGCAUGGCUGAGGCAGGAAGAGCUUGAAAUCCUUCCUUCUGAAUUGAGCGAGAUAAUAUUGGGAGAAGAUGGAGUGGAGUUGGGUGGUUGGAUGCCAUUGUACAGGUGAUCUACCAUUAAUUAGUUUGCAUUUUAUCUCAAAAAA